AAUCUUGACUCAGAGAUAAUGACAAAACUGAAGUCGUCGCCUUUGAUUUAUUCUAGCAAAAUCCAUAUUUUGAUAAAAGAAUACCAUUUUUUGAAGCUCUCUUGGUAUAAUUUGCUGUCUUUGCAUCGAUCACACAAUCCAAACUCUUUCAUGGCUGCUUCUUCUUCCUCUUCUUCUCCUCAAAGAGACACAUGCCUUAACUUCAUCACCCAUUUACUCGAAACUUUGAAACACACAAUAAUGAAUAUCUUCUUCCAUGAACAAGAUCUAGAAGACGCGGAGCAACCUUCUCAAGCACUUCCUCAAACAAUUGUUUCUUCUUACUCUUCUCGUCAACUGAAGCAUCAAGUUUUCUUGAGCUUUAGAGGUGAAGACACACGUCUUAACUUCACGGCUCAUCUACUCAAAGCUUUGAAAGAUACGGGAAUGAAUGUCUUCUUCGAUGAAGAAAAACUAGAAAAGGGGGAGCAACUUUCAUCAGCACUUUCUCAAGCAAUUGCAGCUUCAAAUCUCUCAAUCAUCGUUUUGUCCGUAGAUUAUGCUUCAUCAAAAUCAUGCUUGGCAGAAGUUUCUGAUAUCAUGGACCGCAAGGCCACUCAAGGACAUAUUGUUCUUCCCAUCUUUUACCAUGUUGAUCCUUCCAAUGUGCGAAAUAUUGGUGGGAGUUUUAAGACAUCCUUUGAAGACCAUGAAUUAAAGAGGCCAAUUGAUGAAGUGAAGCGAUGGAAAGCUGCUUUUGUUGAAGUCGGUAAAUUAAAAGGUUGGCACAUAAUAGGAGGCAACUUCGACAGACCUGAAACCGAGUACAUCAAGGAUAUUGUUGAAUAUGUUAUAAAAAAGUUAAUGAAUAACUAUUUUAGAAAUGCUUCUGAAGAAUUGGUUGGAAUAGAUGAUCAGAAAAAAAUGAUUUUGGGGCUAAUUGAGCAAGAAGACACUCGCAUAAUAGGACUUUGGGGAAUGGGUGGUAUAGGCAAAACUACCCUUGCUGAUGUUGUAUACAAAGAAGUCUCUCAAAAGUUCGAAGAUAGUUGCUUUCUUCAUAACGUUAGUGAGAAAAUAGAGAAACAAGGGAUGGAAUCUUUACGAGAUGAUUUUCUUACAGAACUAUUAAAGCAAGAAAUUCAUAUACGCACCCCUUCAAUUGGACAAGGCUUUAUCCAAGAGAGGUUGAACAACAAAAAAGUAAUUGUUGUCCUUGAUGAUGUUAAUGACUCAGACCUAAUGAAUGAUUUGGGAGUUCAGCAUUUUGGUGAAGGAAGUAAAAUCAUUAUAACAUCUAGAGAUAAACAAGUACUUAAGAAUGGAGGAGCAAAUAAAAUUCACGAGGUAGUGAAAUUAAACGAGAACGACUCUCUUCAACUUUUUUCUAUAUUUGCAUUUAGACAGUUGAAUCCUGCCAUUGAUUUUCUAAAUCUAUCGUACAAGUUUGUACGGUACGCCCAAGGGAGUCCACUUGCUCUUAAAGUUUUGGGUUCUAGAUUGUAUACAAAGUCUAAAAGAGAUUGGGAAAGUGAGGUGGAUAAAUUAAAGGAAUAUGCCCAGCCAAAAAUUUCACAGAUUUUGAAGAGAAGCUUUGAUGGGUUAGAUGAACUAGAGAAGAGUGUAUUUCUUGACAUAGCAUGCUUCUUUAAAAACGAAUCGAAGGAAGAUGCAGAAGAAAUUCUAAGUCGCUGUUAUAGAGGUGCAGUGUCUGGAAUAAGCAACUUACUUGAUAAGUGCUUAAUUGAUAUCAUAACUGCUAUUCCAUUUAUUAGCAUAGACUACUGUGAAUGUAUUUCAAUGCACGACAUGCUUGAAGAGAUGGGGAAGGACAUUGUUCGUCAAGAGGCUAAAGAACUUUGGAAGCACAGUAGAUUAUGGAAUCCUAAAGAUGUGUAUCAAGUGCUCAGAUAUAAUAAAGGGACUGAUUUAAUUCAAGGAUUAAAGUUAGACAUGUCUCAGAUUGAUAAUCUACAGUUAUGUCCUACUGUUUUUGACAACAUGUACAAUCUUAGAGUUAUUCUCUUCUACUUUUCUGGCCGGAAAUUUUGGAAGAAGUGUUCGGAAAAGAAGCUUUUUGCCGACCAAGAUGAUAGUGUAUCUCUUCCUGACGAGUUAAGGUAUCUUUUUUGGGAUUAUUAUCCCUUCAAAUCUCUAUCAAGUUUUAAUCCAAUUAAUCUUGUUGUGCUGAGAUUACCACAUGGGGAUAUGAAAUUUCUUUGGAAUGAAGACAGUUAUCAGAAUCUUGUUAACUUGAGGGAAAUUGACCUUACUCAAUGCAAGAAAUUAAGGAAGAUCCCUAAUUUAUUAAGUGCCAUCAACCUUAAAAGCCUUUGCUGCAAUGGGUGCGAAAGUUUGGUCCAACACCCUUGUCUCGAUCAUUUGGCAUAUCUUAAAACGCUUGAACUUGAGGGAUGUCAUAAUUUCAAGAAGUUUCCUGAGGUCCCAAAUCACUUUUCUAUUUUAGAAUUAGAUGAAACUGGAAUCGAAGAAGUGCCUGAUUCAGUUGAGCAUCUCACCAGACUUGAACAGUUGUGCUUGAGAAAGUCAGGGGUGAAAAAGGUAUCGAGCAAUAUUUCAAAGUUGGGAUUCCUUCGUUCUCUGUAUCUUAGUCAUUGCCCUAUCACUGAAUUCCCAAAAAACCCAUCAGAAUUAUACUUAUCUGAGACUCAAACCGAAUUCCCAGGAAACUCAAUCCUUAAGUUUAGAAGCCUGGAAUUUAUGCAUAUAGAUCAUUGCAACAACCUUAAAUUUCUCUCAGAGCUUCCACCAUAUCUAAGGUACUUGGUUGCACAUGACUGCUCAUCAUUAGAGAAAGUAUCGUUCACAAACCAAAAUCUAUAUGAACUCGAAUCUUCAGAUGAUAGUCAUGAAUUUUUCAUGUUGUUCUCUAAUUGCUUCAACUUGAAUCAAGAUUCAAUUAAUAACAUUGAGGCAAAUGCGAUGAUCAAAAUUGGAUCCCUAGUAAAGAAAUGGGAAAAGGAAUCUGAUUGUGAUCCACCAAGUCUUGUUUGUUGUUUCCCGGGGAACGAAAUUUCAGCAAAUACGUUCGAGUAUCAGAGCAUGAGUUCUUCAUUAAUUUUGAGACUAUCCCCAAAUGGGUGUAGUGGGAGAAGAUACUUGGUUUUUGUCAUCUGCCUUGUUGCCGAUUUCGCACAUGAUCAUAAAUACGAAGAUCUUAUAUGUAGUUGUGAAUGCCAAUUAACGGCCACUGGUGGUCAUUAUGAGAAGCUCAAAAGUGAAUGGUUUUGCAGUCCGGAAUUUGAGUUAGUGCAGUACAUGGGUGAUCACGUGUUUAUUUUGUUCAGUGGUGCUAUGGUUAAAAAUGACGAGGGUUACCAGGAGGCAUCAUUUGAAUUCCACAUUAAAAAGUUGGACUUAAGUGGCGAAGAAGAACCUAUGAAGGUGGAGAAAUGUGGUGUUCAUGUGUCUUAUGUUGCAUAAGUAAGUGAGUUUCAUUUCACUUUGUGAUAUUACCAUAUUUUUUCUUCCAAAUGUUAACACUAAAAUUUUAACUUAUGAAUUGCUUAUGACAGAAAAUGAAGUGCUUUAUAACCAGGAUGACUUCUUGCUUGCUCUGCUUUAUAAAUUGUUUGUCAUUUAGAAAGUGCUUUAGAGUGACUGCUGUUUGUUGUAGCUCACCCAAAUUGUAUAUUUUUUGAAUGUUGGUUUUAUUGUUUAUAUACAAGAUUUGUGGUUGUUCUA